CUUCCGCCAGUGGCCGACCAAACUGAGACUCGUGCUCGUUGGCCUGGUUCUGUCGCUGCUCGGCGCCCCUGCUGCUCGGCCUUAUGGCCGGCUCGACCUUGUUUGUGAGCCGCCUCCCGCCCUCCGCCCGCAGUGAGCAGUUGGAGGAGCUGUUCAGUCAGGUGGGGCCGGUGAAGCAGUGCUUCGUGGUGACCGAGAAAGGGAAUAAGACAUGUCGAGGCUUUGGCUAUGUGACUUUUUCUAUGCCAGAAGAUGUUCAGAAGGCUCUCAAGGAGAUCACCACCUUUGAAGGCUGCAAGAUCAGUGUGACAGUGGCCAAGAAAAAACUGAGGAACAAAUCAAAAGAAAAGAAGGAGAAUGAAAAUCCAGGGACCUCAAAGAAAGAGCCGACAACUAAAAAAGCCAAAGUGGCAGAUAAGAAAGCCAGAUUAAUUAUUCGGAACCUGAGCUUCAAGUGUACAGAAGAUGACUUGAAGACAGCAUUCACUCAGCAUGGUACUGUCCUGGAAGUAAAUAUUCCUAGGAAGCCAGACGGGAAGAUGCGUGGUUUUGCUUUUGUUCAAUUCAAAAAUCUCCUAGAAGCAGGAAAAGCUCUCAAAAUCAUGAACAUGAAAGAGAUAAAAGGACGGACAGUAGCUGUGGAUUGGGCCGUGGCAAAGGAUAAAUACAACAGUGCCCCCUCUGUCUCUGCUCCUGCUGAGGAGAAGAAGCCUGCAGCUAGGCACCAGGAAUUGGGUAAAAAGAAUGACAGGGGAAAAGAGAAUAUGGAAGAGGAGGAGGAAGAUGAUGGUGAUAUGGAAGAGGAUGAUAGUGAUGAUACAGAAGAGGAAGAUGAUGAUGAGGAGCAGGAGAAUAAGAAAUCAAAGGUCACUAAACCUGUGCAUAGUCAGAAGAGGGCCGUCAAGAGGGCAUUAUCAGAAAGCAGUGAAGAGGAUGGUGCCAGUGAGGAUGGCGACCUGGAGGACAGAGACACUGUGGACAGUGGCGAGGACCUGGCCCAGAGCGACAGCAGUACUGAAGAGCAAGAGGGUGAAGACAUACCAGUCUCAAAGAAAAAGAAGAGGAAAUUACCCUCUGAUGUGAAUGAAGGGAAAACUGUUUUCAUCAGAAACCUGUCCUUUGACUCAGAAGAAGACGACCUCGGGGAGCUACUCCAGCAAUUCGGAGAUCUUAAAUAUGUCCGUAUCGUCUUGCAUCCAGACACAGAGCAUUCUAAAGGUUGUGCAUUUGCCCAGUUCAUGACUCAAGAAGCAGCUCAGAAAUGCCUUGAAGCUGCUUCCCCAGAGACAGAGGGUGUUGGUGGACUUAAAUUGGAUGGCCGGCAGCUCAAGAUUGACUUGGCAGUGUCCCGUGACGAGGCUGCAAAGCUUCGGACAAAGAAGGUGAAGAAGCCAACUGGAACCCGGAACCUCUAUCUGGCCCGAGAAGGCUUGAUUCGCGCUGGGACGAAGGCUGCAGAGGGUGUGAGUGCUGCUGAUAUGGCCAAGCGAGAAAGGUUUGAGCUACUGAAGCAUCAGAAACUCAAGGACCAGAAUAUCUUUGUCUCCCUGACCAGGCUUUGCCUGCACAAUCUCCCAAAGGCCAUGGAUGACACACAGCUCAGAAAGCUGCUACUCAGUGCUACUAGUGGGCAGAAAGGUGUUCGAAUCAAGGAGUGUAGGGUGAUGCGAGACCUUAAAGGAAUUUAUGGGAAGGUUAAAGGUCAAUCUCUGGGCUAUGCCUUUGCAGAGUUCCAGGAGCAUGAGCAUGCCCUGGCAGCCCUGCGCCACAUCAACAACAACCCAGACAUCUUCGGGCCUCAGAAGAGACCAAUAGUGGAAUUCUCUUUAGAAGAUCGAAGGAAACUUAAAAUAAAGGAACUAAGGACUCAACGCAGCCUGCAAAAAAUGAAAUCUAAUUCUACAACUGGUGAGCCCCAGCGAAAACAUGCAGAGCCUGGAAAAGGGCAGCAGCAAAAAGCAGCUCAGAAUCCCUCACAGAAACACAGCAAGGCCCCACUGGAGCAGAAGGGCAAGGCAGGUUCCUCAUGGUCAGGGUUCCAGACCAAAGCCGAAGUGGAGCAGGUGGAGCUGCCUGAUGGAAAGAAGAGAAGAAAGGUCCUGGUGCUUCCCUCUCAUCGAGGCCCCAAAAUUAGGCUGCGAGACAAAGGCAAAGUCAAAUCUCUCCCUCCCAAAAAGCUAAAGCCACAGAUAAACCAGCGGAAGCAAGAGAAGCAGACAUUAUCUUCUAGUCAGGCACCUAAGAAGAAAGCCAAGAGAAAUAAGACAGAAGUCCGCUUCAACCACCUGGUGGAACAAUAUAAGCAGAAGUUAUUGGGAUCCUCAAAAGGAGCACCUCUUGCAAAGAGGAGCAAGUGGUUUGACAGUUGAUGUCAGCAGCCUGGAGUAGAAGCUGGAGUGUAUGUUUCUUGGUAAAGCUCCCAGGCUCCCUCCUCUGUGCCAACUCCAUCUCCCUGUGUCACUUAUUGAGGGAAUGAAACCCCAAAAUGUGCUGUGACUUUGUUGGGGGGGGGGGGGCUCUUUAUACUGUACACAACUGAACUUUCAUCCUUCCCUGGUACAAGGGUUAGGUGACCUAAGGAGAAAUGCCAGAAAAAUGAGUUUGUUGUUUCUGAAAUGGAGAACAUUGUAAAAGUUGUUUUUGAGAGCUGACUUUUGAAAAAUGUAAUAUUUUGUUAAGUGUCUUCUCUAAAUGAGAUAUUUUGUGGGUUUUUGAAUAGCAGAAUAUCAUUUGUAAUAUAUGGAUCUUUUAUUUUCUAAUGAAUUUAUUAUUUAUGAAUACUUUUGAUGCCACUAAUUAAGUUGCAUAGAAUUUCAGGCCACAGAAAUUAAGUAUAAGCAGAGAAAAAAAUAUUCCCAGUGUAAUCUCAUUGGAAGUGAAGGUGGGAGGGAGAAACUUAGAAAGUAAUUUAGGACAGUGGGCCCUGAGAGGGCGACACCUGGUAAUUGUUUACCAAGUGAGUGGGUUACUGUUUGACAAUUGGUUAAAAUCAGCUUAUAUUGGCCCACGGACAUCAGUUACUAAUCAUGAAACAACAACUAGCUUGGCCGGUAAGCUGGCAUUUUUAUCCUGAGAACUAGAGGCAGGUGCAGCUGCAGAGAGCAUAGCAUGAGGCUGGGCCUCUAGCCUGACUUGCCUUGAACCAGAUACAGGUUCUCUGGGCCUUAGUGUCGUCUAAGUUUUUUCUAGUCCCUUCAGAUCUGAUUCAUAGUCUUUCUCUUGUUAACCUCAAAAGAUAAAAACUGGCUUUUAUUACUUUUCAAAAUGUUAAAGGCGCCACAUAAAGCUAGGAGGAAUGCUGAGUAUUAAAGAAUUCAAAGUUCAAGAAGAUGACCAGAGCUUGAAGGGUUAGACUUAGACAAUACGAAUAGCAUUGGAACAAACUGGGCUGAGUCUGAUAAUGUGAGGAUCGUUAGGAAAACAUAAAUCCUCUCACUUGGACCCUGUUGCACAAUUGGGAGAGUUGGAAUCCACUAAACUCACACAGUGAAGUAACCAUAUGGCCACCACAAAUGGAAUAGCACCUCUAGACUAGUCACAGCAGUGGGGCGCAGCAGUGAGUGAACUGCUAGGACUGAGCUGACCACAUUACAUCUGUAAAACAGUUGGAAUUCUCAAGUUGGUAAAGAAAAAUGAAAUGUCAAAUGGAAGCAGAGUUGAUCAUUGUUGAAGCUAAUGACGGAUAAAUAAAGAAUUGUUCGAGUAACAGCCCACUUGGGGGGGGGCUUCAUGAGCAGUCAAGCAGUACUGCAGGUGUGUCUCUUCUCCCUCUCCAUAUCCCCUUCUCAAUUUCUGUCUUAUCAGAAUAUUCAACUGGACCAAGAUAAAUAUAUUAAAAAAAAAAAAAAAGGUCCAAUGAGUAAAGGAAACGGGUACUACCCUAGGAUAACCUAAGGAAAUUAUUAAGCUGUGAUAGCUGAUGGUAGAACCGGAAGGGUCUGUGGGAGGCAGGGGGUUGAAUUCAGAGAGUCAUCUCGGGGCUCGGUAUAAGGAAGAGCCUUAACGUAGUCGUCAGGGGUUAUAAUAAGUGCACAUACUGGGCAAGAGGAGGUGCUGAGUAUUGGCCCCGAGAUGGCCCAGAGGUAAGCCCUGCAUCUCACCCUUGUCCUUGAGGUUCCUUUCUAGAGAUGAGCUGUUCGUCAUUGGUUGCUUUGUAGCCUUCAUACAUUUGGUCCUCGUUAAAUCUGCCAUGUGGUGGAGAUGGCUUUACUCCUGCUUAAAACCCUCCUAUGGUUUCACGUGCCACCUUGACAUUUCCACUCCUCCCCAUGAUGCGCAGUGCUCUUGGUUCUCCAGCUGCUGUCCCCUCCCCUGCCUCGCUCUUAGCCACUUCUCUCCUUUGCACAGACCUGCCUUCAGGCCUUUCAACUCUUUAGCACCUCAGAGAGCUCCUUCCUCAAGUCUUUUGCUUGUCACUCAAAUCUUCAAGUUGUCACCCCCUCCGUGAUCUCAUCCCUUCUUCUCUAUCCUACCCCAUGCCUGAAAAUGAACAUCUCUGUUUAUUCCUAGCUCUCUCUAUCUGAACUUGUUUGUUGGUUUCCACUAUCUAGAAUAUAUUUGGGGAAGGAACUUGAUUUUGCUUGUUUGUUCCUGUAGACCCAACACCUAAAAUUGAUAAACAGAAACAUAGUGGCAUCAAGUGCUUUUUUUUUUUUAACUUUUCAUUUAUUUGAUAGGACAGAUUGAGAGGGUAAAGAAAGAUAGAGAGGGUCGGGGUAGUGAUGCAUCUAGAGCAUGCACAUUACGGUGCACAAGCAUCCGGGUUCAAGCCUGUGGCCCCCACCUGCACUGGGAAGCUUCAUGGGUUGUGGAAGGCAAAGAGAGUCACCUGCACCACUGCUUCAGCUAGUUAAGGUGGGGACUGGGGCUUGAACCCAGGUCCUUGCAUGUGAUCUAGCUCUGGGCCCCAAAUAAAAUUUUUGAAGGAUAAAAAUAAGGGGGAAAGGAAGAAACAGUACUCAGUAGAAUAGAGAAAGAAUUGGGAAUACUGCAGUCUAGGAGGUGCUUCAGUGGGUUAAAGGUUAGACUCUCAGCAUGAGGUCCCCAGUUCCAUACCCAGCAGUGCAAAUGCCAGAGUGAUUCUCUCUCAUUAAUAGAUUUUUUUAAAUUUAUUUAUUUAUUCCCUUUUGUUGCCCUUGUUGUUUUAUUGUUAUGGUUAUUAUUGUUGUCGGAUAGGACAAAGAGAAAUGGAGAGGUGGGGGGAAAACAGAGAGUGGGAGAGAAAGACAGACACCUGCUUCACUGCCUGUGAAGGGACACCCUUGCAGGUGGGGAGCUGGGGGCUUGAACCGAGAUCCUUAUGCCGGUCUAAUAGAUUUUUUUUUUUUUAUUGGAGGUAUAGCCAAAAGUUGUUGACUUCUUUUUUUUUUUCUUUUUUUUUUUCCUCCUCCAGGGUUAUUGCUGGGCUCAGUGCCUGCACCACGAAUCCACCGCUCCUGGAGGCCAUUUUUUACCCCUUUUGUUGCCCUUGUUGUAGCUUCGUUGUGGUUAUUAUUAUUGCCCUUGUUGAUGCAAUUCGUUGUUGGAUAGGACAGAGAGAAAUGGAGAGAGGAGGGGAAGACAGAGAAGGGGAGAGAAAGAUAGACACCUGCAGACCUGCUUCACCGCCUGUGAAGCGACUCCCCUGCAGGUGGGGAGCUGGGGUUCGAACCGGGAUCCUUAUGCCCGUCCUUGUGCUUUGCGCCUCGUGCGCUUAACCCGCUGCGCUACAGCCCGACUCCCCUCUUUUUCUUUUCUUUCCUGCCUCCUCUCCCCUCCCCUUUUUUCUCUUCUCCUUCCCCUUCCCCCUCCCCUCCCCUCCUCUCCCUUCCCUUCCCUUCUUCUCUCCCCUCUGUUGGUCAUUACACUAGGUCCCCUGCAUUGCUUGAUACUGUGGUCUAUUUACAUAAUCACUGUUUUGCCUGAGACCCGCCCUGCCUGCAGGGUAUUGGUUUGAUCCCAUUGGUCAGAACCUUCGCAACAGCUGCUAUGGAAGAUUUCUAUGUUCGAGUUCUUUUUGCUCCAUCCCCUCUCCUAGCCAUUUCCUUUCCCCACUCGCCACUUCUGGUUAAAGAGAUAUAUAAAAGGCGUUGUAUCUGAUCAAUAAAAGAAUUGCAUUGCUCA